CAGGGCAUUAUAUGAGACUCGCAGAACAACACUUUAUCUAAUACCGGCUGGUUUUGAUAGCACAGUAGCGCACUGCAAGUGCGAUCGUGAGUAUCGUUUAAAAAUAGCAGUAAAGAAUUUAAGUAUCUCAGGGAUUCAGAUAUUUAUAUGUUCUUCUUCUUCGAUAAUUUGAAAUUAAGAAUGAAAAUAUUUAUAUUCUGUCUGCUUUUGAGAGCAGUUCUAUCCGACCCAAAUUCACAGCUAGUGGAUCGUGGAAAAUUGCAUAAGCGCAUUGCUCACGAUUCCGCUGUUACGAAUCCUUCCGUAUUUUCGAAAAAGUCUGCGGAAAAUGAAAUUGGAAAAUGGCAAAGUCGCAUUGUUUCAGGUACUCCUGCUGUAAGCGGCCAAUUGCCUUGGCAAGUUAUUUUGAAGAAAGAUGAAUUCGAUGAUUUGUUGUGUGGAGGUUCUAUAAUGAAUGAAUGUUGGGUUUUAACCGCGGCCCACUGUACGCAUUCUCUUAGUUCUAUAUUUCUAAUGUUUGGUAUCGUACUAAUUGAUGACUUUAGAGCUGUGACUAUGAUUGCUACCGAAUUUCACGAGCAUCCUAAUUAUGAUCCGGAGACUUUGCACAAUGACGUUUCGUUAAUACGUUUGCCAAAGAUUUUAAAUUAUAGCAACACUAUAAAACCAAUACCUCUUGUCACUUCGGCCUACGCUAGCUCAUCUUUUAUUGGGCAUGUAGGAGUUGUAGCCGGAUUCGGUCUGACCGAUGAUGAAUAUUUGGACUACUCUAAAGUGUUACUGUGGGCGCAGGUUGAAAUUAUUGACAAUAGUGAAUGCAUGAGAGUUUACGGGGACAACGUGGUGAUAGAUUCUGUGAUGUGUGCGCGAGGUCGCAAUAAUUCAAAUCAGGGUAUAUGCAGUGGCGACUCAGGAGGACCUCUAUUAGCCCGCGGCAAUAACAAUGAAAUAAUGCAAAUUGGUAUUAAUUCAUUUAUAGCCGAGGAUAGAUGUACCGAAGGUCUUCCCUCAGGCUUCGUGCGUUUGACUUCGUUCCUCACAUUUAUCACCAAUACCACAGGCAUGAAAAUUAAAUAAAAACAUGUUUAGAAAACUUUCCUAUUUGUAAAUCAAUUGUAAUCAAAGUGAUUUAAAACAAAAGUAGAAAAUGUUGCUAACAAAACUGUGAGAAAUUUUCGAUAAGAUAAGAAUUAUUGGUUAGUUCAAACAGAAAUCCAUUAAAAAUAUUAAAAAAGAGUUUUU